AUGUCUAGCGGUGGAUACGAAAGGAACGACGAGCGUGUCUCCAACGUUCUCUCCCAGGCUACUAUCGACAAGGCACUCAAGGACCAUGAGAUGGCCCAGAAUGCCCGCCAGGGAGCACCAACGAACAACCAACAGGCGUCAAGCUACUCACAAGGUCCCGAUAGGCCAGGAAUCGCCCGCAAAGACACCACCUCCCGCCGCGACCCCUUGACCGGCGACCUCAUCGAGGAGUACUCCGGCGAUGGCGAGGGCCCCGCGAUGCGUGCCCACUACAACUGGGACGAGCCCGGCAAGGCCCCUAGCAACAUGCCCCAGUCGCAGCAGGUGCAGGGGCAGGGGCAGCGCGGUCCUACUGGAUCCUCCCAGGAGCCCCGCCCUGGCCAGGUCCACCGCACAAACACCACUAUCAGCUACAACAGCAGCGGUGACCGUGUUGAGGAGCACGAUGGAGAGGGCUCUCUUCGUGUCCGCGCUCUCUACAACGACGACGAAGACCCAAGCACCACAUACCGCCCAGCGCCUCAAAGGCACCAGAGCGAGAGAGGUCAGGACCACCGCUACUAG